AUUAGUAACAAAUAUACUACUAAAAUUCUUCUAGCUCUCUCCUUUAUUAAACUUCUAGUUCUCUCCUUUAUAAAACAAAGUUUGAUAUUAAUAUUUUGUCUUUUCUUAUACAAUCACAUACACUAAACUCCAUUCUCAUAAGAUGAAUAUAAUAAUAGAUACACAUACAUAUUUCUUCGUACACGCAAAGGUAAGUACAAUUACAUAAUACUUAAUACAUAUACGUAAGACUUUACAGUGAGAGAAAUCUAUACAUAUAUAUAUAUAUAUUGUUUGUGUGUAUAUAUAGUGAGAGAAAAUAGUUCGUUUGAAGUUUACUCUAUUGAAGAAUUUUUUUUGACGGAAUUUUCCAUGUCUGAAGUCAACGAUUAUGUAGUCGGCGACACUGGAAUCCGGUACAAUUCGAGCUAUUCCACCGACGCCGCCGGCGGAGAUGGUGGUAGUUACGGCGUCGAAACUCCGGCGGCGAAGGCGGCGGAGAAUUGGAAGUAUCAUGCGGUGGAAUUUGCGAAAGGAUUUGCGGAAAUGAGUGUGGAGUUUGGUAAAGGAGUGAGAGAUGUAUUGAAGCAAAGUGUGAUAAAAGAGGAUUCGAUUUUGGUGAAGAAAAUUGGACCGCCAUUUGUUAAAGUAUGUGGGAGAUUUAGUUUUUUGAAUGAGUAUUUGCCGGAAGAUCGUGAUCCGGCUUAUGCUUGGAGUGUUAUAUUUUUUGUUUUGUUCCUUGCUUCUGCAGUGUUGAUUGCAAGUAAUGAUAAUAUAUAUCCAACUCCAUCGGUCAAGAAAGUGUGUAUACAUCCUCCAAAUGCUAGUCGAAUUUUGCUCCCAGACGGUAGACAUUUGGCUUAUCAUGAACAAGGUGUUCCUGCUGAGCUGGCUAGAUUCUCUAUGAUUGCUCCACAUUCUUUUCUCUCGUCCCGUCUUGCAGGAAUACCUGGCAUUAAGACUUCGCUACUGCAAGAAUAUGGUAUUCGCUUGGUAACAUAUGAUCUUCCAGGAUUUGGAGAAAGUGAUCCUCAUCCUUCCAGGAAUCUCGAGUCAUCAGCCAUGGAUAUGCUACACUUAUCCUAUGCUGUCAAUGUUACUGACAAAUUCUGGGUGGUGGGAUACUCUGGUGGAUGCAUGCAUGCUUGGGCUGCCCUUAGAUACAUCCCGGACAGGAUUGCCGGUGCAGUCAUGGUCGCUCCAAUGGUUAAUCCAUAUGAACCAAGAAUGACCAAGGUGGAGAAGAAUAAAAUGUGGAAGACAUGGACAACAAAGAAGAAAGCCAUGUAUAUAUUAGCUAGGAAGUUUCCAAGAUUACUUCCUUACUUUUACCAUAGAAGCUUCCUUAGUAGAGUCCAUGGCCCGAUCGAAACACGGCUUGCCUUGUCACUUGGAAUAAGAGAUAAAGCUUUGCUGGAGCACCCAUCAUUUGAAGAUUUCUGGCAAAGAGAUCUCGAAGAAGCUGUUCGACAAAAGAAUGCAAAACCAUUUGUGGAGGAAGCUGUCUUACAGGUUUCAAAUUGGGGUUUUAGCCCGGCAGACCUCAAAGUGCAGAGGAAACGCCCUGGAAAGGGUAUUGUGCAUUGGAUUAAAUCUCUGUAUGGUCAAACAGAAGAAAUCUUGGCUGGAUUCCUUGGUCAAAUUCACAUAUGGCAGGGGAUGGAAGAUAUGGUGGUACCGCCAUCCACAACUGAUUUUUUACAGCGAGUCCUACCAGAUGCAAUGGUACAUAGGCUCUUAUACGAGGGUCAUUUUACUUAUUUUUACUUUUGUGAUGAAUGCCAUAGACGCAUAUUUAGCACUCUUUUUGGAAAUCCUCAAGGACCUGUUGUCCCAGAACCAGAAGCAGAUCAAUCUCCCAUCCAAAACAAUGAUGGAGAGACACCGGAUACAAUUCUGGGUGAUACUACCACUGAAGAAGAGAAUGUAUCUUGUGUAGUUAAUUCUGAUAAAGAGGAAGAGGACUACAUCGACUAGCUUGAACGCAAAAAUUGCCCAACUGUCCAUUUUCUAUAUGGCCACGGUUGUUCCUUCCUAGCUUUGUGAAUAAUACGAACCAUAGAUUACCUAGGAGGAAAUAGUUACACGAAAGAUUAGUUAUUUUUUAGCACAAUUUUAUCUAGUGUAAGAUCUAUUAUUACAAGAUCACAGCUAUAAAGAUGAGUCUCAUUAUAUUUUGAUUAGGCUACUGGGUUAUGUUUACAGCAUGGCAUAUUUUUCUUAGACUUCUUUUCAUUUCUUUUGUAUUUCUCUUUUAACAUUAUAGUCUGUUUAUAAACAGGUCCAAGAAAAGUUUGGAAUAAAAGGCUUAUUAUUUCUAGUGUUCCUAA